AUGCCCCAGACCCGAGCACUCGAGGAUAAAAAUCCUGAUUUUUUCCCGGAACGCGCCAGCUCUUCCCCUUCAGACGCCCCAGGGCGCUCGUUCGUGGUCGACGCCGCCAACCCCACCCAGGUCUCCUCGUCCUGCGUCCAGCUGCUGUCCGUCCUCUCUGCGGAGCAGCUCGCCUCCGUGCCCGUGCUGGUCCUCUUCAAUAAGAUUGACCUGCCCUGCUACAUGUCACUGGCGGAGAUGAAGUCGCUGUUCCGCAUGCAGGACAUCGUCUCCUGCGCCACACAGCCCAUCACAAUGCUGGAGACCAGCGCCCGCGACGGCACCGGCCUGGCCGAUGUCCUGCAGUGGCUUCGGGCCGCCUUCGGAGACCCCCGCUGACCCUGCCCCUGCCCACGUGCCUGCGGCAGCCCAGGCAAAUCCUGUCACCGAAGGAGGCGGCCAGCGAGCAACUGCCCUGCAUGGGGCU